UCCGUCGUCUGGCUCGUCGAGGUGGUGUGAAACGUAUCUCUGGUUUGAUCUACGAAGAGACCCGUGGUGUGUUGAAGGUGUUCUUGGAGAACGUCAUCCGUGAUGCUGUCACCUACACCGAGCAUGCCAAGAGGAAGACUGUCACCGCUAUGGAUGUGGUCUAUGCUCUCAAGAGACAAGGCAGAACUCUGUACGGAUUCGGAGGUUAAACUGUGCAAGUUUUUCUAACUUCGUGGUCGUGAGUAGCGACGAAUCCCGGCCCUUUUCAGGGCCACUCAUAUCUUAAUAAUAUCAGGAGCUGCAAAGAAGUGUUUACAUCAGAUAUUAUCAUCACUAUUUAUCUUCUUUUCAAGACUAAAUGCUACACAGACUGGAUAAAAUUUAUGGUGAAUUCUGGAUAAAUAUUUUUUAGAACGGAGAUGAGUGUUUGUCUUAUUCACUGCCUUAAAAAUUACAAACUGAGUUUGUAUUUUAAUUAAACUUGGAUUGCAAAGGACUUUGCAAUCUCUUCAGAUAUCAACAAAGAUCACGUUUGAUGGAAAAAUAUCAGUUGUAAUAAUUGUUACGAACAAAGUACAAAAACGAAAGAGAAAAUUUGUGUAAAUUGUGAUACGGAAAGAAAAAUUAUGGAAAAUGAGUCGAGUGAAAUUAUGAUUAAAUGUGAAACGGAGGAUAAAAGUAUUGACUUUCCUGAUGAUGUAAAGAAUAAGAAAAAGGAAAAAUUUUAUCACUGUGAUGUCUGUGGUAAAUCAUUCUCUCAAAAUAGCAAACUGACCAAACAUAAAUCUAUUCAUUCAGGAGAGAAGCCGUAUCACUGUGACAUCUGUGAUAAAUCAUUUUCACAAAAGGACUAUUUGACUACUCAUCAACGUAUUCAUACAGGGGAAAAACCUUAUCACUGUGACAUCUGUGAUAAGUCGUUCUCUCAAAGUGUUCACUUGACGAAACACACACGUAUUCACACAGGGGAAAAACCAUAUUUCUGUGAUAUCUGUGAUAAAUCAUUUGCCGAGAACGGUACCCUGACCAGACAUAGACGUAUUCAUACAGGAGAAAAACCAUAUCACUGCGAUAUCUGUAGUAAAUCCUUUUCUCAGAAAGACAACCUGGUUACUCACCAACGAAUUCAUACCGGAGAAAGGCCAUAUUGUUGUGACAUCUGUGACAAAACAUUCUCUCAAAGUGUUCACCUGACUAAACAUAAAUUUAUUCAUACAGGAGGAAAACUAUAUUUCUGCGAUAUUUGUGAUAAAUCAUUCACUGAAAAUAGUUCGUUAAAACGACAUAUCCGUAUUCACACAGGUGAUAAACCGUAUCAUUGUGAUAUCUGUUUCAGAUCGUUUUCUGAGAAUCAUAACUUGACUAUUCACAAACGUAGUCACACGGGAGAGAAACCGUAUCAUUGUGACAUCUGUGGUAAGUCAUUCUCGGACACUGGUCAUUUAGCUAGGCACGAGCGGAUUCAUUCCGGGGACAAACCGCACAAAUGCAAUAUCUGUGGUAAAUCGUUCUCGGAGAAUGGAGUCUUAACGAGACAUAUCCGCGUCCAUACAGGUGAGAAACCGUAUCAGUGUGACAUCUGCAGCAAGUCGUUCUCUCACGGCCAUGCCUUGACCACCCACAAGCGUAUUCAUACAGGAGAGAAACCAUAUCACUGCGAUAUCUGUGGCAAAUCAUUCUCUGAAACUGGACACUUAACUAGACACAAACGCAUUCAUGCAGGGCUAACCUUGUUUCACUGUGGCGUCUGUGGUAAAUCCUUUUCUGAAAAGGGUCACUUCACUGAACAUGUUGCUGUUCAUACAGAGCAGCAGCUGUACCAAAAUAUGGGGUCAUAAUGCAUACACAGCAACCAAUACUGCAUGUGUGACCCUAAUUUUUCUUCUCUCCAUUAUGACCCUACAUUUUGUAGAGUAAAUUCUUUCCUUUUUCUGAUUGGUAUAUAUAUUUCUUUACUACCCACAGGGGGACAAACAAGGACAGACAAACGGAUUAAGUCAAUUACAUCGACCCCAGUGCGUAACUGGUACUUAAUUUAUUGAC